UGAGGAGCAGACGCGGUCCCGGCUGCGGAGGCUCCAAGGGACAGAGGAACCUACAUCCCCGCCCUCCUCUAUCACCAGGACAUUGCAAGGAGCCCGGCCGCUGCAGCGAGAUCUGCAGGACAAGGCUGGACAAAGCAAGAUGGCAGGGAUCUUAGCCUGGUUCUGGAACGAGAGGUUCUGGCUCCCCCACAAUGUCACCUGGGCAGAUCUGAAGAAUACAGAAGAAGCCACCUUUCCCCAGGCUGAAGAUCUCUAUCUCGCCUUCCCCUUGGCCUUCUUCAUCUUCAUGGUCAGGCUGGUCUUUGAAAGAUUCAUAGCCAAACCAUGUGCCUUAGGGCUUAAUAUCCAGGCCAAUGGACCACAGAAAGCCCAGCCUAAUGCCAUUCUGGAAAAGGUCUUCACUGCAAUUACCAAGCAUCCAGAUGAGAAGAGACUGGAAGGUCUUUCCAAGCAGUUAGACUGGGAUGUUCGCAGUAUCCAGCGCUGGUUUCGACAGAGACGCAACCAGGAGAAGCCUAGCACUCUUACUAGGUUCUGUGAGAGCAUGUGGCGAUUUACAUUUUACCUUUAUGUGUUUACCUAUGGAGUGCGGUUUCUAAAAAAGACACCCUGGCUGUGGAACACAAAGCAGUGCUGGUACAAUUAUCCGUAUCAGCCACUGACACCUGACCUUCAUUACUACUAUAUCCUGGAAUUGUCCUUCUAUUGGUCCUUAAUGUUUUCUCAGUUCACUGACAUCAAAAGAAAGGACUUUGUUAUUAUGUUCCUGCAUCAUCUUGCAACCAUCUCCUUGAUCACCUUUUCAUAUGUCAACAAUAUGGCCCGAGUGGGGACCCUGGUCAUGUGUCUCCAUGAUGCAGCUGAUGCCCUGCUGGAGGCUGCCAAAAUGGCAAAUUAUGCCAAGUUUCAAAAACUGUGUGACCUAAUGUUUGUCAUGUUUGCAAUCGUCUUCAUCACCACAAGACUUGGUAUAUUUCCUCUCUGGGUAUUAAAUACAACAUUGUUUGAAAGCUGGGAAAUUGUUGGACCAUACCCAUCCUGGUGGGUUUUCAACUUGCUACUGUUGCUAAUUCAAGUCCUGAAUUGCUUCUGGUCUUACUUGAUUAUAAAGAUAGCUUGCAAAGCUAUUUCCAAGGGCAAGGCUGGGAAAUGGAAUCCUUUGCAUGUGUCCAAGGAUGACCGAAGUGAUAUUGAAUCCAGCUCAGAUGAGGAAGAUUCAGUGCUUCCUGCAAAGAACCCACACAACCCCACCACCAACACCAAUGGGACCAGUGGCACAAAUGGGUACCUCACAGGUGGUCCGUGUGCAGAGGAACACUAACUACUCUAAACCACAAGACCUGAACAAAGUGAACUCUUUGCUACUGGAAGUAUUUAACUAAGUUGUGAAUGCGGUCCCUUUCCUAUAUCUCAGCAUCAGAAACAAAAAUUAGAAUUAUCAAAGCAUUCUGAUAGUGCACUGCCAUAUUUCCUGUCUGUGAAUAAAGAAGACUUUCCAUUCUCUAUAUGUAGGCAUGCUGUAUGUGUAUGUUAUUGACCCAAAUGGGAACAGUAUUUUCAUAUGUAAUGUCUUUGAAUAUUAUUUAUUUUUUGUAUUUGUUUGUAAAUCUGUGGACAAAAGGGAACUGCCUCACUCCUUUUACUCUGCAAAUUCUUUAUGAAAGAAAGAGAUGCUCCUAUCUCUUCUAUCCCUUCUUGUUGCUGUAGCUUAGUCCACCGUUAAGUAUUUGUCAGCUUGAAUUGUCACUUAUAGUAAGCUAAAGACAGCUUUGCGGAUAACAGCUCAGCUCCAGAUGUGUCUGCCUCCUUUGCGUUAUAGUGCUGGUUUUGACAUUGCUGAUCACUUCACAGUGGCUGUUCUCCCAAUGUAAAGUUUAAACAGGCUGAAUUAGCUUUGUAAGUAGUCUCUCUAAUGUGAUCAAUUAGCAGUUCAAAUUAAACAGUGGUUUUUAUAGGAUAUUAUUUUAGCAUUGUUUUAACACUAAAUUGGUAGUUAAUUGCAUUAGAAUAGGCUCCAUUACUUGUGUGCAUACCCAUGAUAUAUUUAUGUCAAUGGCUAUGGUAAAUUCCUAGUUGCAGAUUAGUUUUGCCUUGUAAGCUUAACCCCAGCAGGAUAUAGCAUCUUGCAUUGCUUCUGAUUCAUCUGAGAAACAUUUGCUCAGGUCCAUAGUUGAAAAUGGAGAAUUCACAUUUAAUAUUGAGAAUUUGUCUCUGUGAGCUGGAAAGAAUGAAAGCAGAGUCCACCAGCUCAGAGAUUAGUCAUUAUUGCAUGCAUGCGCAGAAAGGUUUCAGCCAGGCUUCGCUGCUCUCCCUAUAAUUGCUGUAGUAGUCUGCCUUGUCAUGGAAGAAAGCGAGCUGAAAGUCUUGCUCAAACAGAAAAGUCAAUUUUUAGAGCCUUUGAAGAGUUCUCCCUAGUGUUGAGCACUUUAUUGCAUCCAGCUUUUAAAACUCCUAUAGUAUUUGACCUGGGCGUGUGUGUGUGUGUGUGUUUACAUGUGAAUGUGGCAUAUUUAAUAGUUAUGCCUGACAAAAUCAGAAGGAAAAGAAUAUUUGACCUUCCUCAUCCAAAAACCAGAAUGAUUUGGCUAUUCCACAAACCAAGCUACUGUCAGCUUGAUGCUCAAAAUCCCUUGGUGUAGACUUGUUUAGUUCCUAGCAAAGUUUCUAUAGGGCACUAUUCCUAUUGGAAAUAUUAACUUUCUCUUGGAAAAUUGUUCUCCCCACCAGUGACUGGAUCAGCAGUGAGAGAUUUCUGGGCAACAGACUUUCUUAAACCUCCUUUCUGACUGUGUUAUAUGUGUGCAAAAAGAAAGAAAGAAAGAAAGAAAG